GUACACGUCCCUCACGCACACUCAGCAAUGCACUGCCCGAUGUGUCCAAUCUUUGUCUUCAUAACAGUCAUCAUGUUGAAGAUCUCACCAGUUCAAGCCGACAAGAGCUGCGUGAAAGCCGAUUUCUACCUACAGCGAAUCGAAUCAGAUGACGACAAUGACUGCGCAGCGAGGUGCAAGACCAGGCUCAAAGAAUUUGCGGCAGCCUACAAGAAAGAUCCUGAUCCGUGUCAGCGUGGGAAUGGCGCAUAUCACAGCUUGAUGGCCAUGAUGAUGGAUCCUUUUACAACAGAGUGUGUCUGCCAGGCGACAAUCCGAUUCAUGCGCUUCUCGAAGCCAACUGAUUACUCGGGUACUCUCGACGAGGUUGGGAAUCCAACCAUUUUUUUAGCGAAGCUCAAUGAUACCUGCUCGACACGCAAUGUCCUCAAUCGCAUGUCCACGAAGCAUGGAUGGGGACAGACUGGACUGCCUCCUGUAUUCAGUAAGAAGCAGGUCAAGUGUACGGAUCCCGUUCCAGCUAUCAAGAGUCCUUCUUCUGGUUCUUCAUCAGAUGAGUGACAUUCAUGGGUGGUCAUGGCACAAGAGGCAAUUUGGAGGUUCAGCGCUUGGUGCAGCGGCCGCAAGAUGACUACUUAAAUAGCCUUAUCUCAUCAGCUACAGAG